AUGGCCGGCUUCUUCGAAGGUGACAAAGUCGCAUCCCAAAUCAGCAUGGACGACGCAUUCGAGCACACCGAUCUCCCGCCUGAGAAGGCCGGGACAGCGUUCGACAGACGAGACAUGGCACGGAUGGGCCAGGCGCAGGAAUUCAGGCGAAACUUCAGCUUCAUCCCGAUCUUUGGCUUCGCGGCUGUGUUGAUGAUGACUUGGGCGUCGACUUUGAGCUCAGUCAGUUAUAUCCUACCCAAUGGAGGACUGCCGGCCAUGAUCUAUAUCUACAUCGUGACGCUGUUUGGAUUUGGUGCGGCAAUACUCUCAAUGGCGGAAAUGGCAUCUAUGGCGCCGACUUCUGGUGGCCAGUAUCAUUGGGUCUCGGAGUUUGCACCAAAGUCGUUCCAGAAGCUCCUCUCUUAUCUGGUUGGGUGGUUCUGUGUGUUGGGGUGGCAAGCAGGCAUUGCCGGGCAAUGCUUCACAGUGGCACUCCAAGUUCAGGGACUGAUCAUACUCAAUGAUGCUGCGUACGUACCGCAGGCAUGGCACGCUGUACUCCUGACGAUUGCGGCUUGUUCUGUGGCGGUGUUAUUCAACACAUUCUUCGCCCGAAGACUGCCACUCCUCGAAGGACUGGUCCUGAUCCUCCUGGUCUUCGGCUUCUUUGCGAUCCUGAUACCAUUGUGGGUCUUUGCUCCGCAGCAUUCGAAUGCUGACGUGUGGUUGGACUGGACCCAAACAUCGGGAUGGCCUUCAAUGGGUACGGCGGCAUUGGUGGCCUUUACUGGUCCGAUAUAUGCCCUCAUUGGCCCAGACUCGUGUGUACACAUGUCCGAGGAGGUCAAAGAUGCAUCGCGGACGAUUCCUUGGGCCAUGGUCUCGACGUUGUGCCUCAAUGGCAUCACCGGACUGGUCAUGACCAUUACCUUCGCGUACUGCAUCGGCCCUAUCGACCAGGCCACGAUGCCAGCAUACAAUUUCGCAUUCAUUGGAACCUUUUAUAAUGCAACCCGGUCGCAUGCUGGUGCAACCGUCAUGGCAUGCAUCAUCACCACUCUCACGCUCUGCUCGGCCAUCAGCAACGUUGCGACAGCUUCUCGCCAGAUGUUCGCCUUCGCUCGAGACGGCGGACUGCCUUUUGCGCGCAUCUGGUGCUACGUCCGACCAGGAUGGGAUAUUCCAUUGAACGCUGUUAUGCUCAGCUUCACCAUCACCUGCCUGCUGCCCUUGAUCAAUCUUGGAAGCAGCGUCACGUUCAACGCUAUCCUCUCGAUCGGGGUAGUUGCCCUGCUUACAUCGUACAUGACAUCGAUCGGCUGCAUCCUCCUCAAACGCAUACGAGGCGAGGAGUUACUUCCUCGCCGCUGGAGCCUGGGAGUACCGCUUGGUUGGGCGUCGAACAUGAUCGGAUUGGAUUAA